CCCCCCCCCCCCCCGCUCGCAGUCUUCGCCCAGCGAGAGCGCAGCCAGGAGGCUCCUCCUUCGGUCCCGCCUCGCUCGCAGCCGGCCGGAGCCCGUCCCCCUCUUGCUCCGGCCCUGCCCGCCCGCCGGCUCGCCAGAAGGCCGGGAAGGAGAGAGGCGAGCGCGCUGCCUCCGCCGCCCGCCCCAUGCCCGGCUGCUCGCCGGCCGCCCGCUAGUCCUCGCCGCCGCCGCCGCGCGCCUCCAUGGCGCGGCCCGUGGCGCUGCUCUGCUGGUGCUGCUCGGCGGCGCUCCUGGCGGCCUGGUGGGGCACCGCCGGCGCCGACCCCCGCGCCAGCAGCCCCACCGCCGGCGCCCCCCGGCUGCAAGACGAGGCGGACAACCAGGAGAACGUCCUCUCCCAGUUGCUAGGUGACUACGACAAGGUGAAGGCUGUGUCGGAAGGCGGCAACUGCCAGUGCAAAUGCGUGGUGAGACCCCUGAGUCGAAGCGCCUGCCAGAGGUUUAAUGACGGAGCUUCCAAGCCGGAGGACUUUUACGUGGUGGAAACCAUCACUUCUGGACCGGAGUGCAAAUGCUCCUGCGUGGCUCCACCAUCUGCUCUGAACCCUUGCGAGGGAGACUUCCGGCUGAAGAAGCUGAGGGAAGCAGACAGCAAGGAUUUUAAGUUGGCAGCUGUCAUCGAUAUGCUGGAAGGCGCAUUCUACGGCUUAGACCUGUUGAAGCUGCAUUCCGUCACCACCAAGCUGGUGGGUCGAGUGGAGAAGCUGGAAGAAGACCAGAAACACAAGACACAGAAGGCUGAUGAAGUUCUUCAGGAGCUGAAUCAUAAAGCUAAGAAUAAUUCAUCCUUUGGGAUCUCCAAUGAUCUCGCUGACAUCCAGAGUUUGCUGCAAAGAGAUGCUGCAGCUGCCUAUACGCUCACUGAGGAAAAGUAUGAAGAUGAGUUCCUGCACGAUGAAGUGGUUUCUCAGCACAUCGGCUCUGAUGAGUCCUUGCACUAUGCACCCCACGUGCCAGAUGCAACAAAGCCUAAGUCCACUUUGCCAAGAAAGCUCCAUGUCAGAAGCAGGUCUCCCUCCCGGCCCACCAUCAUCCGCGGGGUCACGUAUUACAAAGCCAAAGACACGGAGCUGGAAAAUGAUCUUGAUGAACAGGAUGAACUUUUCAGUGGUGAAAAUGCAAUUGAUUUGCUGAUUGAGGACCAGCUGUUGCAGCACAACGACCUGCUAAACAUCCCCACAAGGAAGCCGUUCCCAGUUGAAGGACCACUUACUGUCCAAAGCAUUGAUCUUACAAAGGAACCUGUUACGCAUGCCACAUACACUGGAGGAGGAGCUCCGACAGCCACUACCGAGACAAAGAUGCCCCCAUUGUCCCCUUCCAUUGUUCCUCCUUCUGUUGAACCCAAACCUUGGUCUACCUCAUCAGUUGUCUCUCCUGUCAGCCAUCAUCCACCAACUUCUCUGAAAACCACUGCAGCAGUUGAAGACACCUCAGUGACUGGGUCAUUGGGUGAGAGCAUCCAGUGGACAAUGAAGUCAGUGGCUCAGGCAACCACCCAGGCUCCCACAACAGUCCAGAGUACAACUACCACAAGGCCGCACACCACUAGGGGAGCCACAGUUGAUUUCCAAGCAAAAGUGAUGGCCAAGCCUAGUUCAACAGCCACCACCAAAGCUGUGACUUCUCCAUCCACUACCACCACCACACCAAAAGAGGGCUUUGAUGAGGAAGAUAUCAGAAACAGCAUAGGCCAGUGCAAGGAUACCUUGUCCACCAUCUCCAGGCCUACGGUCCAGAACACCUACGGGCGGAAUGAAGGUGCUUGGAUGAAAGAUCCACUUGCCAAGGACGAGCGAAUCUAUGUCACCAACUAUUACUACGGGAAUACCCUGGUGGAGUUCCGGAACUUGGACAGCUUCAAACAAGGCCGAUGGAGCAACUCUUACAAGCUACCCUACAGUUGGAUGGGGACAGGUCAUGCAGUGUACAAUGGCUCCCUUUAUUACAACCGGGCCUUCACUCGCAACCUCAUCAAAUAUGACCUGAAGCAGCGUUAUGUGGCCGCCUGGGCUAUGUUGGACGAUGUAGCCUAUGAGGAGGAGACUCCGUGGCGGUGGCGUGGGCAUUCUGACGUGGACUUUGCUGUGGAUGAGAAUGGCCUGUGGAUCAUUUAUCCGGCCAUCAAUUAUGAAGGCUUCAGCCAGGAGGUGAUCGUCCUCAGCAGACUCAACGCCAUGGACUUGAGCACUCGGAAGGAGACCACCUGGAGGACGGGCCUACGCAAGAACUUCUUCGGCAACUCCUUUGUCAUCUGUGGUGUCCUCUAUGCCGUUGAUAGUUACAACAAGAAGAAUGCCAACAUCUCCUACGCGUUCGACACCCACACCAACACUCAGAUCAUCCCCCGCCUGCUUUUUGAGAAUGAAUACUCCUACACCACUCAGAUAGACUACAACCCCAAGGACCGCCUCCUUUAUGCUUGGGACAAUGGCCAUCAGGUGAAUUACGACGUCAUCUUCGCUUACUGAGGACACACCAAGGACAAUUCGAAUGGGCCACUAGCACCUUUUAAAAAAAAUAAAUAUUUUUUUAUUGUAUAAAUCAAAGAAUAAAUGAUUUUUGUUUCCUUUUGGAAAGUUAAGUGGAUUGUAGAUCAGUCCACAGGCCAAAGUUAACCCUUUUUAUUGUGGGCAUAACCUUUGCUUCUGUUUUUAUACUAAACAUGCGGCCUCCCAUGGGACCAUGGAAAAUUAUUUCUUUGCCAGUGCAAACUCCCAGCGGAAGACGACCUGUUCUGUUGUCUUGUUAUUGUAACACGAGACUUGCCCUUAAAGAUGAGAGCCUUAAAAAAAAGUUACCAUUUUUUAUAAUAAAAUAUCAGUUGUUGAAA